AUGGAAAACGAGCCAGACAGAAGAUCGUGGUAUGUUUCUUCUUUGGGGUUGCUUCGCGGGGCCUGCUGGGCUGGUGGAUGGUUGGAUUUGGGGCCGCCUCCCGGCACAAUCAGAAGCCAAAAGCCAUCAAACAAACACGUGGGGCGCUGCUCAGAUAAUCCGCCUGGCUUCGAGUUUGUGGACUUGGCCUUCCUUUUCUUCUACUUUGUGGAAGUGGUACUGCGGAUCACCGUGAGCAAAGGCUUCUUCUUCGUGAAUGACAAUGCCGCCUGGAACAUUUUCGUCCCUUGCCGUGCUGAGCGCGCGGAGUUCUAUUUUGCAGCAACGUGUGAGUUCAGACCUUGCAACGAAAUCGUCAUGUUCAUGUUCAAGUUUGCAAAGAUCUUGCGGACCAUCCGUGCCUUGGGCUCGAUGAAAGACCGAUUGGCGUUGAUCUUCGCGCAGGGCGUCGCAAGCCAUCUGGCCACCCACAGCGCUGAGGAACUCGGCCCAAUGGAGCAGGAGAUGAUGACAGAUUCCUUUGGCUCGGUGGGUGCGUCCAUGCUCUCCUUGUACCUUUCCGUGACGGGCGGCAACGAUUGGUCCAUGUACUACGCAGUGAUGGUACAGAUCGGGUCCUUCUAUCCAGCCGUUUUCUUGAGCUACACAUUUUUCUUCAUUUUUGCCCUCUUCAACAUCCUCACCGGUGUGUUCGUCGAAAGGGCCGUGGCUGCGUCCCUGCCGGACCGAGAGGAGCUCAUCUCGGAGGAAAGGAAGAAGCUUCUGAAGCAGGUCGAAGAAUUGAGGGCUCUGUUCAAAGAUCUUGAUACCGACGCCUCGGGCAAGAUCACCAAAUCGGAGUUCAUCAACGAUAUGAAAGAUGAUCGGAUUGUCUCGUACAUGCACAGUCUGGGCCUGGAGAUGCAUGAUGCGGAGCACUUCUUCGACAUCAUUGCUGACCACUGUCAGGACUGGGACAUCAUCAUGAGACCAUAA